UGUCUUUAUAGAGAAAUUUAUCAUUUAAUUCAGUAUUUCGUAAAUAGAAGCACAUUCUGUGGUAGAAGCACGUGUUAUUUUAUAACCAUUUUAUUCUCUGUGUUUUAAUAGAAGUUAUUCUAAAAUGUCAUCAAUACCCAAGGAAUUUCUUACCGAGAACUAUUGUUUUACACAUUAUGAGAUUAUAAAAAUAAAUUGUACAUGGGUCCUACGUAAUUUUCUUUCAUGUUCUGAUAUUAUAGAUGAAUGGAAGUCUCCAAUAUUCUCUUCCAAUGUAUAUGAAGAAUAUAAAUUCUCUUUAUAUGUUAAACGGUCAACUUCAUAUGCGGAUUUUGUCGAAUUCUUUUUAAUCUAUUCAGAUCCCUCCGAAAUUUUAGAACCAAAGCUCAAAUAUAAAUUAUCUAUAUUAAAUGAAAAACAAGAAGAAAAAUAUGCUCAUACAGCUACUAUAAAAGCAGACACGACAAAUACUAUGCGAAAAAUUCAUUCCCUUAAAAUUGUAAAUGAUCUGUUAUGUGAAGACAAGUUAACGAUAUGUUUUGAAAUGACUGUUGCUAAAUUUAUAAAUAUAACCCGUCUACCAAUUGCCAUAACCAAAUCUGAAUUAAACAAAGAUUUGGGAAUGCUAUUUCAAAAUGGAAAACUCACUGAUUUUAUAUUAGUUGCAGAUGGCAAGGAAUUUCAUGUCCACAAAGCUAUAUUGGCCGCACGAAGUGAGGUAUUUGCUGUCAUGUUUGAACAUGAAAUGCAGGAGAAUAAAUUGAAUCGUGUUGAAAUAACGGAUAUCGAUGCCGAGGUCAUGCAGGAAAUGUUACAAUUUAUUUAUACUGGCGUAGUAACAAAACUAUACCAAAUGGCGAAAUUUCUUUUUGUAGCAGCAGAUAAAUAUGCUCUGGAUGGUCUAAAGGAAAUGUGUGAGAAAAAAUUAUGUGAACAACUAUCGGUUGAAGUAGCAGUUGAUACUUUAAUAUUAGCCGAUCGACAUAGUGCAUUCGAAUUAAAGGAAAAAGCUAUAAAAUUUAUAAAUGAAAAUUCCAUUGAAGUGGUGAAAACUGAAGAUUGGAAAAAUAUGCAGAAAACACAUGCCUAUUUGAUUGUUGAGGCAUAUCAAAGAAUUGUAAAUGAGUCAAAUACUAAAGGAACUAAUACAAAUGGAAAGUAAAGAAAUAAGUUGAAAAGAAAAGUCGACUUUUCGACUUUUCGACUUUUUGCAUUUUAUGAAAAGUCGAUUUUUCGACUUUUUUCAUUUAAUUAAAAGUCGAAUUUUCGACUUUUAAUAUUUUAUAAAUAGUCGACU